AUGAGCUCUCUCAGUAUGGCUCAGACACUCAGGUUCUCCUGGACUUUUCUUUUACUUCUCUUUUUCUCUGGGCUGCAAUGUGAUGAUGGUGGUCAAACCCACAAUCGACAAAAAAGAGACCUCAGUAAUGAUCAGCCUCGUAUGAUAUCAGAGAACGGUCACCUCACCUUCUCCGCUGGAUACAACAAAGACAUUCGCUUCACCACCUCAGGUUCAGGGAGUCUCAAAGUUGGGGCCGAGGACCUUGUCCAGCAGAUAAAUCAGAUCAAAAUUAACAAAGCUGAUAUCGACACCAUUAAAAACAGCGGCCCGUCUCCAGACAUUACAAACCAGCUGAAUCAGCUGAACACCAGAGUCACUACACUUGAGUCAAAGGUUCAGACCAUAGAGCAGACGGUACAGAGGAAAACAUGUAGCAGUAAUCCAUGCCAGAACGCAGGAACCUGCCUUAACCUACUAGAUGCUUUUCACUGUAUCUGUCCAGACAACUGGCAGGGUCCAACAUGUGCCGUAGAUGUGAACGAGUGUCAGAUGUUAGCAGGAAGUCCGCUGGGAUGCCAGAAUGGAGCCACAUGUGUGAAUACACCCGGCUCUUUCACUUGUACCUGUUCUCCGGAAUGGUACGGCCCACACUGCACAUCCCGCUAUGAUGACUGUGGAGGUGGAAGUUCGGACCUGUGUGUUCACGGGACGUGCAUUGAUUCAGACAGAGUCACACCCAACCAGCCCAAAUAUAAGUGCAUCUGUGAUGCUGGUUGGAUGUCUCCGGCCGGAGAGGCGGCGUGUACAGCUGAUGUCGAUGAGUGCAGUCUUCCCAACAAACCCUGCUCCACAAACCCACCUGUACAAUGUUUUAACACUCUGGGCUCUUUCUACUGCGGCUCCUGUCCUGCAGGAUGGCAAGGUAACGGUUACAGCUGUCAGGAUAUAGAUGAAUGUGCUACAAACAAUGGAGGCUGUUCUACUUCCCCGAUGGUGCCUUGUCUUAACACUAUGGGCUCCUUCCACUGCGGACAGUGUCCACCAGGCUAUGAAGGUGACGGGAAGACUUGCACUGAAGCUGACAUCUGCUCCACAAACAAUGGAGGAUGUUACCCGCUGGCUACAUGCAAGUCUACACCAGGAAGUAUUAUCCCAUCAUGCACUUGUCCUCCUGGUUAUGUGGGUAAUGGCUAUGGACCUGCAGGUUGUACCCCAAUCAGCAACAUAUGUGGCACUAAUAACCCCUGUGUAAAUGGACAGUGUGAGAACACAGCUACGGGAUACAUCUGCCGCUGUGACCCAGGCUGGGCAGGUCAGAACUGCGAUCAGAAUGUAAACGAGUGCUCCAGUAAUCCCUGCCAGAAUGGAGGCACCUGUACUGAUGGGAUCAAUGGGUACACCUGUACCUGUACGUCUCAAUGGACGGGCCCUCAGUGUCAGACUCCACAGCAAGAGUGCGGAGGAGUUCUGGAAAGUCCAGCCGGAACGUUCAGUUACCCCAACAAUCCUGGAACCGGAGAUUACGAUCACCAGGUCAGCUGUGCCUGGGUCAUCAGAACUGACCCCAGCCAGAUUCUGCGGAUAACCUUCCCUUUCUUUGACCUGGAGAACAGUGCUUCCUGCAGUUUUGACUUCCUGCAGGUCAAUGAUGGUGACAGCGCCUCCUCCUACAUGAUCGGGAAAUACUGUGGCACUGCCGCCCCAGCCGAACUCUUCAGCUCCCAUAAUUCCCUGUACUUCUGGUUCCGCUCUGACCAUUCGGUCAGUCGUCGUGGCUUCACUGUGGCUUGGACAUCACAAGCACCAGUCUGUGGUGGGGAGUUGACCAAUACAUACGGUGACAUCAAAUCACCCGGUUACCCGGGUAACUACCCACCUAAUCGUGACUGCUAUUGGACAUUCAAUGUGAACCCGGGUCUCCUCAUAACAUUUGCUUUUGGGACACUUAGCUUGGAACACCAUGAAAACUGUAACUUUGACUACUUGGAGAUAAGAGAUGGGCUGCUCGCUGAGGAUCCGGUUCUGGGAAAAUACUGCAGUACAGCGUCGCCACCACCCCUACAGACAACAGGACCGACGGCUUGGAUUCACUUUCACUCUGACUUUAGCGUCAGUGAUCGAGGAUUUCACAUUACAUACACCACAUCACCAUCUGACCCCGGCUGCGGUGGCGUCUACACGGAGACCGAAGGAAUUGUCAUCUCUCCCAACUGGCCCAAUAACUAUGCUCACAACAGACAGUGCAUUUAUAUCAUCAGAAUGCCACAAAAUGAAGUGGUCGCCCUUAAUUUCACGCACAUGGACCUGGAGAUUCAUAGUGGCUGUCUUUUUGACUUUGUGGAGGUUCGAGACGGAACCAGCGAGACUGCCCCCCUUAUUGGGAAGUACUGUGGAAGCAUAUUGCCAGCACCCAUUUUGUCCUCCACUAAUGGACUCUGGAUCCGUUUCCAGUCCGACAGCUCUUUGUCCCGGGCUGGUUUUAGGGCCACAUAUGAACUUGCUUGUGGUGGAACCCUCUCUGGAGCUGGUCAGAUCCGUACUCCCCUACACCCCAACCCGUACCCCCACAACAAAGUAUGUGAGUGGGUCAUUAACCAACCUAUGGGCUACGUGGUUACUCUUAACUUCCUCGCCUUUGACGUUGAGGGAAGCAACACAUGCUUCUUUGAUCAUGUAGAGGUGAGAGAUGGUCCCAGCGAAAGCUCUCCUCUGAUUGCCCGAUACUGUGGAACGGAGAUGCCCCCAAUGUUGCAGUCUACCCAAAGGUCCAUGUUUAUCCAGUUCAAAACAGAUUCGUCUAUCUCCAACCUUGGUUUUACUGCUGAGUAUGGAUCUGCAGAGCAAGGUUGUGGAGAGACACUCACAGAACCAACAGGAUCUUUCACCAGCCCUGGUCAUCCCACUGACUACCCUCACGGAGCCAACUGCACCUGGUUCAUCUCUGUUGAACCUGGCAACCUCAUCCGUCUCUCCUUCACAACCUUCAACCUGGAGUUGCACACCAACUGUGCAUAUGACUAUGUGGAGGUCUAUGAUAAUGGCACCGCCUUGACCGGCACCCUUCUGGGCAGGUUCUGUGGACGGUCCGUUCCUCCAUCUCUAACUAGUACUGAUAGCUUGAUGACUGUUCUGUUGGUCUCUGACUCGAGUCUUUCCGCUGAGGGCUUUUCUGCCACUUAUGUCUCAAUCAAUGCAACCACAGACUGCAGUGUGGUGUUUAGGACUCCUACCGGACAAUUCAACUCGCCCAACUACCCUGACAAUUACCCCACCAAUCGGGAAUGUGUCUAUAGAAUCAUAGUGGAAGUCAAUAUGCAGAUCAUGCUAAAUGUCACCAAUUUUGAGCUGGAGGGCUCUUCUUCCUGCUCGUUUGACUAUUUAGAGAUCAGAGAUGGAGGCUAUGAAACGUCCCCUCUGAUUGGUAAAUAUUGUGGAACAAAUGCUCCACCCAUUAUAGUAUCGCAUAGCAACAGGCUUUGGUUGAAGCUGCGAUCCGACCACUCGCUCACCUAUGGGGGAUUUGCUGCCCACUGGGAUGGGACACAGACAGGUUGUGGUGGUACACUGACCACCAGCGUUGGAGGUUUUACCUCCCCUAACUACCCGCUGCCUUACCACCCCAAUGCCGAGUGUUACUGGCAAAUCAAGACCAGCGCUGGGAGUAUGGUGGAGCUUAGCUUUGCAGACUUUCACCUAGAGUCCAGUUUCAACUGUGUCUACGACUACUUAGCGGUGUAUGAUGGAUACAGCACCAAUGCUCCACAGUUGGCCAAGCUGUGUGGAAAUCAGAUUCCUCCGCCCAUCAGAUCAUCUAAAGAGAGGAUGUAUGUCAAACUGCGAACAGAUGACAUCGUCCACACGGGUGGAUAUCUUGCUAACUAUCAAACCAUUUGCCAUGGUGUGCGGUUCGCCAACCAGACCCGGGGAAGAAUUGAGAGCUUGAACUUCCCCACUAACUAUCCCCAUAAUGCCAACUGCAGCUGGACCAUCCAGGCCUCAAUGGGCAACACCAUCAACUACACCUUCAUGGCUUUUGAGCUUGAACCACAAUCAACCUGCUACUAUGACUAUGUAAAGUUGUAUGAUGGGCCAAACGAACAAGCUCCUCUCAUUGGUUCAUUCUGUGGGAACACGCCUCCCCCGGCCAACACCACCACUAGUAGCAACCUCCACAUAGUGUUCCGGUCCGACGUCAUAUUGUCAUACAGAGGCUUUCAAAUGGACUGGUACCAGAAUGGUUGUGGUGGGGAACUUUUUGCACCCUCUGGUUCCCUCAAUAGCCCGAACUAUCCAAACAGAUACCCGUCAAACCGUGAGUGCAUCUGGCACAUCCACACCACCCCUGGCAGUAGCAUCUCCAUCACCAUUCUUGAGUUUGAUGUGGAAUAUCACCCCGACUGUAACUAUGACAAACUGGAGGUGUAUGGAGGGCCUGACCUGUCAGCUCCACGGUUGGCCCAGCUCUGUACCACACGCCCUCCCAAUAACCCACUGCAGGUGGCCAGCACCGGUAACAGCGUAACCGUUCGAUUCAUAUCUGAUGCCGUCGUGAGCGGAAGGGGCUUCAACGCAACUUGGCAUGAGGUCCAAGGAGGAUGUGGAGGGGCUGUCACAGCCCCCAGUGGAGAUAUACAUUCUCCUCAGUACCCCAACAACUACCCUAACAAUGUGGACUGCUCCUGGACCAUAACGGUGGAUGCGGGACAUAGAGUAUUCUUCAACUUUACAGAUCUGGACAUUGAAAAUCACAACUCAUGUGACUUUGACUAUGUUGCAAUUCAUGAUGGUCCACAUGAGUCGUCUCCUCUCCUGGGUAAAGUGUGUGGCUUUUCCAGGCCUUUGCCAUUAACAUCGUCACAGAACGUCAUCCAUGUUCGCUUCAGAUCAAAUAUUUCUCAAAACCAUAGAGGAUUCAGUGCAAGGUUCUCCGAAGCAUGUGGGUCUACUAUAAUAACCGAUGAUGUGGGUGGGGCUAUUGCGUCUCCCCGCUAUCCGUACACUUAUCCACCCAAUCAGAACUGUAGCUGGAUCAUACAGGCACAGGAGCCAUUCAACCAUGUCACUCUGUCCUUCACCGACUUUGAGGUGGAGAUGGUGUCUGGAAACUGCUCACAUGAUCGUGUGGAGAUCCUGGAUGGAGACAAUUAUGAUUCCCCAUCUGUUGGUCGAUACUGCGGGUCUGCAUUACCACAUCCAGUCACUUCAUUCAGCAAUGCCAUGGUGGUAAACUUCAUUUCAGAUUCUACCGUAUCUAAGAAAGGUUUCAGGGCAACCUACAUGGCCUCAACCUCAGGCUGUGGUGGACAUCUAUUAAUGGAAUCGGGUGCUUUCAACAGUCCAAAUUAUCCGGAAGCAUAUCCACCUAAUGUGGAGUGUGUGUGGACCUUGACCAGUUCCCCUGGGAACCGCCUCCAAUUCUCCUUCACUAUGUUCCAGCUCCAGCAGAGCACAGAUUGCAGUCACGACUACCUAGAGAUUCGUGAAGGUCACUCUACUGGUGAUCUGGUUGGCCGUUUCUGUGGUGACUCUCUUCCUUCCAACUACACCUCCAUAACUGGCCACAUGCUGUGGAUCAAGUUUGUCUCGGACUCCUCGGUGAGCGGCGCUGGAUUCAGAGCAGUGUUCUCUCACUUGUACGGAAAUGACAUAACAGGCAGUUCAGGCCAGGUCGCCUCUCCUCUUUACCCACGCACCUACCCAAACAACGCAGACUACCGCUGGACCAUCACAGUAAAUGGCGACUCUUUCGUGGAAAUUCAGUUUCUGGAUAUUGACAUUGAGGACCUGUCCAAUUGCUAUUAUGACAAGCUAAAGAUAUUUGAUGGUCCGAACACUCAUGGCUACCUGAUGGGUGAGUUUUGCGGCCUGUCUCUGCCCGACCCGGUGAGAAGUUCAGGCAGCACUGUGACUCUUGAGUUCAAAUCUGAUAAUGUGAUUGGAGGGAAAGGCUUUCUCAUCGAGUGGACGGCCGUUCAACAUUCUGGUCCCUUGCCUACGAUACAGCCAGGAGCGUGUGGUGGAUCAUUGAUGACAGGAGACAUACCCAGUUUCCUCUUCUCUCCUGGAUGGCCUGAGCCAUAUCAACCUAACCUUGAGUGCUCAUGGGUAAUCAGGUCUCCUAAUUCCAUUGUGGAGUUGAAUCUGUUGUCUUUGGACAUUGAAGAUGAGGUUUCGUGUCUUCACGACAGCUUGGUCAUCAGAGAUGGUGAAACCAAUUUAUCUCCAAUAAUCGCAACCCUUUGCGGGCGACAGCUGCCUGGUUCUCUCCACACGACUGGCGACGCCAUGUUCCUCCAAUUUACCUCCGAUGGCAGCAUUAAUAGAGGAGGCUUCAAUGCUUCCUUUUCCAAAGGUUGUGGAGGUUUCAUCCAUACGGACAGAGGAGUUUUGAGUACUCCUCAGUAUCCACAGAAUUACAAGCGCAACCUCAAUUGCAUUUGGCAAUUCAUGGUCACUCCAGGGUUCAGAUUGUCCGUAAACUUUGAAAACCCUUUCCAGAUACAAGGAUUUGGAACGCAGUGCAGUUCUGGUGACUACUUGGAGUUACGAAAUGGACCUGAUGGCAACUCACCAAGUCUGUCAGGACGUCUCUGUGGAACCAGUCCUCCAUCUACACUUCAAACCACAGACAACAGCAUGUUUGCCCAUUUUGUCUCAGAUGACUCCAAUGAGGCCAGUGGAUUCAAACUUGUAUUUGAAGCCCAUAGCUCAGCUUGCGGUGGUCUCAUUGAGCUGAAUGAUGGAGACCCACCAGGGUACAUCACAUCUCCGAACUAUCCAUCAAACUACCCCCAAAAUAUUGACUGUGUGUGGAUAAUCAAAGUUCCCAAUGGAGAGGCUGUACAACUCGACUUUGAGGGUGAUUUCUACAUUGAGCCUCAUUCUGGAUGUCUUUAUGACUACAUCGAGCUUCGUACUGGUCCCACAUCGGAUGCCGAUUUGAUUGGCAGGCUUUGUGGCAACACCCGGCCAUCUACCCAGCAUUCUUUAGGCAACACCAUGUAUAUCCGAUUCCGAACCGAUACCAGCAUCACACAUAUCGGUUUUAAAGCAAAGUAUUCCAUUGCUACUUGUGGAGGCACUUACAUUGGUCAGAGUGGAACGCUCAAAAGUCCAGGUUACCCAGACUCAAACUAUCCAGACAACUCGAACUGCGAAUGGUACCUGGAGGGUCCUGUUGGACACUAUCUGACCCUGACAUACACUGCUCUUGACCUGCAAAGCUCCCCUGACUGCACUAAUGACUAUGUAGAACUCCGUGAAUACAAUGCCUCAGGUCGUCUUUUGGGGAAACACUGUGGGAACAGCCUUCCAACAUCAAUGGAUACUGGAGACAGUUUUGCCUAUGUGAGGUUUGUCAGUGAUGGCAGUGGAAAUGCAGCAGGGUUCAGCUUAUCGUUUGAAGCCAGUGUUGAAGAGUGCGGAGGGGAUCUGAACGCACCAUUCGGGACCAUUUCAUCUCCCAACUACCCAAAUCUGUACCCCCACAGCCGAGUAUGUCGCUGGAGAAUCACUGUUCCUCAAGGUCGUAGGGUCACCCUUACCAUCAACGACUUGAGGCUGGAGGACCACAAUACCUGCUUGUAUGAUUUUGUGGAGGUCCAAAAUGGUCUGGUACCUAAUGCUCCUCGAUUGGACCGUUUAUGUGGCACAGUGCCUGCUGGUACCCAAAUCAAAUCUUCUGGGCAUACUAUGACCGUCAUUUUCGCCACAGACGCAUCGGUGUCUAAUGGUGGAUUCACAGCGGAUUACUCCUCGGAGGAGCAAGCAGUGUGUGGUGGGAUACUUAGUGAACCUGGCAACUUCACGUCCCCGGAGUUUGGAAAUGGAAACUACAGCAACAGAUUGAACUGCGAAUGGCUGAUCCAGAACCCACAGCAUGUGAAUUCAUCCAUUGUGUUGUUUAUAGAUGAACUACAUCUAGAGCAUCACCAAACCUGCGAGUGGGAUUACUUGGAGUUCAGAAUGGAUGACAUGAAUGGAGAGCUCUUGGCGCGCUUCUGUGGUCAAACCGCACCUACAAUCCCCAUAGUGGUGUUUACCCCUGGCCUUUGGGUUCACUUCCGAUCAGAUGAGUUUGAAGUUGAUUUGGGCUUUAAGGUCACAUAUCACUUUUCAGAGUGUGGAGGUUUACAGAGUGGAGAAGGAGGUGUCAUUUCCAGCCCUGGAUAUCCCAACCAAUACCCCAGUCCGAGUCGCUGUGCUUGGCUUCUUGAGGCUCCAGAGGGCCACACUAUCACUCUCACUUUCACAUACUUUGAAGUGGAGCAGCACAGUCAAUGCGGGUGGGAUUCUGUAACAAUCUUCAAUGGUGGCUCACCUGGAGCUCCCGUGAUUGGUCAAUAUUGUGGAACAAACUCUCCUGGAACAAUUCAGUCAGGCUCAAACAAGUUAGCUCUGGUGUUUCUUGCUGAUCAUGUGGUGUCCAAAGGAGGAUUUAUUGCCAGCUGGUCAACAGACUCUUCAGGUUGCGGAGGAAUCAUACAUGCCGAUACAGGCACCUUCAAAUCUCCAAAUUAUCCACAGAAUUUCCCAUCCAAUACUCAGUGUUCCUGGACCAUCAUAGCCCAUGAUGGAAACCAUCUGGAAUUGGAUUUUGACGGUGACUUCCAAAUCCCAGACUCAAGUGAACAGUGUCAAAACAGUUUCAUCAAGGUUUGGUCCAACACCGUAGAGAAAGAUGAGAAUCUCUUGGUCACUGGUUGUGGCUCAACAGCCCCUGCUGUAGUCACUGCACCUCGAAAUGUUAUAAAGGCUCGCUUCCAGUCCACAGGAACUGUUGGCAAAGGAUUUUCUGCCUCAUUCAACACUAGAUGUGGUGCCAAUCUAACAGGAACAGUUGGCCGUGUGGUGUCACCAAACUACCCAGACCACUACCCAGAUAGGUCCAAUUGUAAUUACAUCAUCGAUGCUGGGAGCCAGAACGUAGUUGUCCUCACGUUUAAAACGUUUCAGUUGGAAGCACACUCCACAUGUAUCUAUGAUGGUGUGAAGAUCUACAGUGGCACCUCCGUCAAUAGUGUCCCACUGGCUACUCUGUGUGGAAAUACCAUCCCAGGCAUCUUCUCCACCUUUGGGCCAAUGCUUCUCAACUUCUACUCUGACAGCAUAAUCAAUGACAAUGGCUUCCUGGCUGAAUACAGAACCAUGCCAUGUGGUGGCGUGUUUAAUACAACUGCCGGGACAAUCAGCAGUCCAGCGCAUUCUAUCAUCAAUUACCUUCACAACAUCAAUUGCACAUAUCACAUAUAUGUCGGCAACAACCGUGUCAUUGACCUCAAAUUCAACUCUUUCAGUCUUGAGGCCUCCUCGAACUGUCGCUAUGAUUAUGUGGCUGUGUAUGAUGGAGAAAACACUCUUGCGCCACUGAUGGGGAAAUUCUGCGGGCAGCAGCUUCCGCCGAACCUCAGGUCCUCGUCCAAUCAGAUGUUUCUCGAAUUCGUCACAGACGCGUCCAUCGUGGCGGAGGGAUGGAGAGCAACGUACAGUGAGACUUUAGGUCCUCAGCAGGGCUGCGGUGGCUACCUGACAUCCUCCACCGGAAUGUUUGGUUCUCCUGAUAUUAACAUGGACGGACAGUACGAGCCACGUAUGGACUGUGUGUGGACCAUCGCUGUGGAAGCAAAUAAAGCAAUUAACCUCACUUUCCCCUCUUUUGAGCUUGAAGGCCCAUUUGGAACCAACUGCAGAUAUGACUAUGUUAAGAUCUAUGACGGUGACAGUGCUAGCUAUCCACUGGUUGGUACAUACUGCGGAUCUGAAGUACCCGCCCCUUACAUCUCAGCCAGUAACUUCCUGACUGUGCACUUCAUCUCGGACGGUGUAGUGCAACGGCGUGGCUUCAACGCCACUUAUGUGACAUUGGAUAGACUCUGUGGAGGAACAUUCAAUGCUACAGAAUCGGGUCAGACCAUCACAUCUACGUUCUAUCCCAAUCCUUACCCCCCCUUUACCUUAUGCCGAUGGGUUCUGGAUGCUCCUCCUCAGGAGGCUGUGAAGGUGUCCGUUCAGCAUUUCCAGCUGCAGUCUAGCCAGAGCUGCACCAACAACUUUCUGGAAUUUAGGGACUUCCCGGUGGGUGAUUAUGGGCAGGCUCAUAAAUUUUGUGGCAUAGACUCGCACGUACCAGAUUUCUACAGUUACGGCCGCACCAUGCACGUCACUUUCAAAUCAGAUGCCUUCAUGACCGGCAACGGAUUCAGUCUCACCUAUCAGGUGGCAGGUUGUAGUAGAGUAUAUGAGCAGGAAUAUGGCUACCUGAAGAGUCCUGGCUGGCCUGAAGUAUAUCCUCAUAAUAUUGAAUGCAGCAUCGUACUGCAGGCACCUCAGAACAGCUCCAUCUCUCUAUUCUUCACCAGUUUUGAUGUGGAGGGUCACACUUCCUGCAACUAUGAUUACCUGGAGGUGAGGAACGGCAGCACUGCCACGUCGCCUCUGUUAGGGAAGUACUGUGGAAACACGCUGCCCAGUCCCAUCUUCCCGGGAAGCAACCAACUUUUCUUGCAUUUCAAGACCGACUUUGUGACUUCCCGAAACGGCUUUGAGAUGACAUGGACUUCUUCUCAACACAGUUGUGGUGGUGUGUUAUAUGGAGACCACGGAUCUUUCACCAGUCCAAACUACCCUGGCACCUAUCCCAACGGCACUUCCUGUGAGUGGUCAAUACGAGCCCCUAGUGGAAGAGUUGUGACAGUGACUUUCAACCAGAUUAGCAUUGAUGACCCAGGAGACUGUCAGAAUAAUUACCUGAAGCUGUACGAUGGACCAGAUGCGGAUUCACCCAUUGUUGGGCCUUACUGUGGACCGGAGACGAAUAUUGCUCCUUUCAGGGCUUCAUCAAAUCUUGUGUUUCUAAAGUUUUCUGCCCAGUCUGCUGUUCUUCCAUCUGGGUUCAGACUGACAUGGAGCAGCUGAGAGGAGACUAAAACAUACAAUACACAUAUAUGCACACACCCACACAAGUACAUUUAGCAAUCAUGUGAACAGUGACUUUUCACUGGUAAAUCAAACAUAUUGUAAUUUCAGCCACUUUUGUAGAUAAUUGUUUAAAGAAUGAGUUUAUAUAUAUAUAUAUUUGAUGUCUUUUUGGAAAAUAAAGAAAAUAAAGUUGUGUUCUUCCA